AUGUCUCUAUCUGACUUGGCCGAGCCCUCCUCUUCCUCCUCCUCGUCUUCCGCUUCUCAAACCUCAGUCCAACCCACUCCCACUCGAAUAUCACUUACCGUCCCUACCUCUCUUUUGAUCUUACCACCUACAGCAGCGUUGAUAGGACUCUCGAUAGGUCUAGUCAGAGGAGGUAAUAGAUCGAGAUUGAGGUUUUUAGCUGAGAACGCCCAUAGACAACCUAAAACAGUACAGGGAUGGUACUUCUACACGAAAACCCGUAAUUACCGAGUAUUUUUCGGUGCCGCCAAAACAGGAUCUAAAUACGCCUUAGGCCUCGGAGGGGCAACAGCAACUUACGUGUUGCUAGAUGAAAGUAUAGGAUACAUACGAGAAAGUAUAUUUGGACCUAAGGGCGUACAGGAUCCCACACCUGGAGGGAGGGGUUUAUUAGAGGAUAGAGAGAAGAAAGAAAGAGCUAGUUGGAGGAAGGGUGGAGUGGGGUGGGAAGAUGGGGGUAUCGCUGGGGGGUUGAUGGGGCUAGGUGUAGGUGUUGGAUACCGCUUACCCCGUCCACUCUUCAUUCGAUCCAUAAUAAUGGGAACACUCCUUGGAGCAUUAACAUCCACGAUGCAAGUCGCUCAAGCGCAUAUAGGUAAAAUGAGAGAAGAGGAGGAACUGAAAGUCGCUAGAACACAGCCUGAGACAGUGGCUAUAACGACGGAAGAAGUGAUACCGACGUCCAAUAAGACUAUAGGGGAUAAGUCGAUGGUCAUAGAUCCUCAGAGGGAAGCUAUGCCUGUUGAUCAGAUACCGAUAGAUGAUGAUGAAGGUAAAAGUUGGUUUGGUAAAAUACGGAGUAAGGUUGGUAUUUAG